GAAGAAACAUUAAUACUUGUCCUCUAUUUGAAAUCUUAAGAAUCAAUUAUUGUUAUGUUUUGUGAUUUAUAUGUACAAAGUUAUAUCUCAAACAGUAUCAUCAAACAAUUGUAGCAGUGAGAGGGAUGAUUGUGAGUAUGUCCAGUUGUUAUUUAAUGACUCAAUGAGUGAAGGAGGAGAGGGAGAAACACCUGACUAUAGAUGUGGGUGGCUGACAUUCAAACCCGAUUGGCUGCAGAAAUUCAACACAACUGCAUGGGCUUUGGCCAUUAUUUCAUCCGCAGCAUUUUUACAAGGUGUAAUUGUAAAUGGGAUUUUACACUUGAUGAUUCCAACAAUUGAACACGGAUUUAACCUGCGAUCGUUUAAAUCUGGCUUGGUUUCUGGGGGCUAUGAUAUAGCUUCACUGUUAUGUUUGAUUCCCGUCACCUACCUGGGGGGACGACAUCACGCCUCCAAGCCGAAAUGGAUUGGAUUUGGAGUCUUCAUUAUGGGGAUUGGAGCUUUAGUCUUUUCAUCACCAUACUUCCUGACAAAAAAUAGUCACUUGGCGUACUUUCAAGAUUCGUCUGGAAUUUGUACUGAUAACGAAAAUACGAGUCAUAAGAACUGCGGUCAUAGUGACGGGACCCAUUUGUCCUCCUUCAUGUGGAUAUUUUUUAUCGGAAAUCUUCUCCAUGGUGCCGGAGCUAGCCCCCUCUUUACUUUAGGGGUAACUUUUUUGGACGAAUCAGUUGUGAAAAAGAAAACUGGAAUAACUAUAGGUGUAUAUUAUACUGCAGCAACCUUUGGGAUUGCCGUAGGUUAUGUGGUCGGAGGUUACUUCCUGCAGUUACCAGAAGACUUUUUGUCAGUCUCUGAAAAUGUGUAG